AUGGCUGAGACGGUCGCCGUGAGAGGCCGGCGCACCUUCAUGGGGCGUCAGCGCUCGCAACAUGAGGUGCAGACAGAGGCGUCCUUUGUGCCAGGUUGCAACAGUCUUGAGUACGCCUAUGAUCCGCUGGCGAGUGAGCAGUACACGAGUCUUGUGGAGCUGCGGAAAAUGAUCCAUUCUUGCCUGACCCUCGUGGCCGGCGACGUCUACGAUGUGGUCAGCUUCAAGGAUAUUCUGUAUCAUCUGGAGAGUGAGAUGCCUUCGUCGCUGCCUGUCACCGACCUGCUGCUUCUCUCCUCUCGACUGUUCCGGCGCACCGCUGAGCUUGGUCGGCUGCUGAGCUGCUUCUUUGGCGUUGUGUUUGCGGACGACCACAACGACGAGCACUUCCACUUUGCUGAGGUGCGUCUACUUCAGCGCGAGAUCCGUGAGCUGAAGAGGCGGCUGAGCGCGUCGGAGGAGGAGCGGGGACGGCUGAAGGAGAUGCUUGACAAUGUUGGCCAGGUGGCAUACGACCACGGAAGGGCAGUGGAGCUGCUAGAGACGCACAACAAGGUGCUCAAGAAGCAAAGCACUGCCUUGGAGGACCAGAUGGCGCUGCUGUUUCAUCAGCUGAAUACGGGACUCGAGGGGCACUGCAAGGGCGCGUACCAGCAGGUGACCGGAGAGAUGAUGGUGCAGGAGAGUCUCAACCCUGCACGCAUCACGUUCCGACAAACCAUGGAUAGCCUCAGCGAGCAGCUCUGCGGCUCACGAGGGCUUAUCACGGACAUUCGGGAAGUCCUCCUGAGCUGCAGCCAGGGACGACGGACCGGCGAGGCGUACGCGGCAGUCGAGCCAACCGUACGAUUCAAGUUCAAGAUGCUGGAGGCAAACUUCCAGCAGCUUAUGGGCCGGUUCACGGCGGUGAAGGACACGGUGGUAGAAACGGCACAGGAGCUGAUGAACGCGCUGCAGGAGCGCAAGAAAAUUCUCUGCCUCUCCUUCCAGCACAUUCGCCUGUACGACCUGCAAAACGCAAAAUUGCGCAACGCCCGUGCCAUUCUCGCGCAACUGCAGCACAACACGUCGGAGGUGGUGCGCCGGAUACGCGUCACCUUCCCUAGCGGCAACAUCACCUCUGUCGAUCGCUUCGGCAAUAUCAACACGCAGCGGUGGCAUGGUGGAUACACGCUGGCGACGCUGCGAGGGUACAAGUUGACGGAGCAACAGCAACAGGGCGAGGGCGAAGUGUCUGAAUUUGCCCGCAGCCAUACUCGCGGACCUUCCGUGACUGCGGGAGUCUCACGCAUGCUACCUGGUCUCACGGAGUCGCAGAUUAUGGCAGCGGAGAGCGAGAUGGCGGUACUUGACGGAGGCGUGCACAAUGCCACGCCGGUGGGUCUGGCGCUGUCGCCUGGCCUCCGUAGUAUGCGAGCGUCCCACUCUGGCGUCACACCUCCACCGCUUCGCACCUCAGCUCCGCCGAGUGGAGGCGACUCCAAGUUGGCGAGCGCGCGAGGGUCAAGCAGCAUGACCGGCAUGCCAGUGCCCGCCAGCGCUACCGCGAGCGCACGGAGCGAUGACCCCGAUGUGCUGCCGUUCGACUCCGUCACGACUUUUAUCGACCUGAUGCACGAUAUCGAUGACGACAUGGAUGAACUGCAGAGCGCGCUGGUGCUCGACGACGAGAUGGGAGCGUUCCUCAAAAUGCUGACGCUGUCAGCGUCGACAACACCGCGCGCGGACGCCAUGGAGAGCAGAGACAGCCUUACUGGACGUGCGGCACUGCUGGAGCGGCAAGAGUACAACAUGGAGAUGGCCUUGCAGCCCACUGGUGGCCGUCCCGGUGGCACCCGCGGCGCACCGAGCUCUGUGUCUGUCGGCUCCGGUAACGAGAGCUUCACGGCUCAGGAGGCCAACUCGUUCUCGUCCUUGUUCUCGAAACAUGGCAGCCCGACUACGACAUCAGAGGCGCGGGGCGGCGCUCGUGCCGAGAACGCCUCCUCCGAGGGUGUAAUGGCUCGCCAGGCGGUUCAGCUCCAGCGCCAGCAGAAGCAGAUCGCCAAGAUGCAGGAGGACUUUACCUCGAAGAUCGGCUUUCUGCGCCAGGUGUACGAGGCGCGCAUCGGUGAUUUGGAGGUGCGAGAGACGACGGUGAGCAAACGACUGGGCUUGGUAGGGGGCUCGCCCUUCCAGCGCGCAACGGGAGACCGCGGCAGCGGUCGAUUCUCUCCGGGAGUCGGGAAGGGCGAAGAAGAGCCUCGGGUGUCUAGUGGCCCAGGUCACAAAGAGAGGCUGACGAAGCUGCGAAAGGAAUGGAGGCAGUCGAAGCGCAAACUGCAACCGAAUCGAAAACUGCGUGAAGCCACGGCGGAGCAGCUGCAGCUCAUGCAGAAGGACGAGAAGCUCUGA